AUGGGUAUCCAGGGGUUGCUGCCGUUCCUCAAGGAGAUCCGGAGAGAGAUCCAUCUGAGCGAGCUCAGAGGCCUCCGAAUCGCGGUCGACGGAUACGUUUGGCUGCAUCGGGCCGCAUUCGGGUGUGCCCUCGAGCUGAUGCAGAGCCAUGAGACUUCCAAAUACGUGGACUUUUUCAUGAGACAGGUCUACAUCCUGAAAGAGCACGAGAUUGAGCCCGUGAUUGUCUUUGAUGGAGCACCGCUCCCAAUGAAGCGCUCGACCGAGAUAGAGCGUCGUCAACGCCGCGACCAACAACGAGCAAAGGGCAUGCAGCUUCUCCGGGCCGGAAAGAAGCUGGAGGCAAUCGAGUGCUUCCAAAGGUCGGUCAACAUUACGCCGGUCAUGGCCUACCAUGUCAUCAAGGCACUCAAGCACCGAGAGAUCAAUUUUGUGGUUGCCCCGUACGAGGCGGAUGCGCAAAUGGCGUACCUCGAGCGCACUGGAUAUGUCGACGCUGUGCUCUCCGAAGACUCGGACUUGCUCGUCUUUGGUGUCAAGCGGCUCAUCACCAAGCUUGAUCGAGGCGGAAAUGCCAUCGAGAUUUGCGGAGACAACAUCAUGAGGGUCUCCGCGCUGGCAGCCCAAUCGUGGAACUUUUCCAAGUUCCGCCAAAUGUGCAUCAUGUCGGGAUGCGACUAUCUCGCGUCUCCGCACGGAAUCGGUCUUCAGAAGGCGGCAAAGUUCCUGGAGAACAAGCGCGAUGCUUACCAAGUGAUCCAGAGCUGGAUCAACUGGGGCAAAGCCGUCAAAGCGCCUGAUCUGCCACCAAACUACGAGGAAUCCUUCCGUCGAGCCGAGUGGACGUUUCUGCACCAGCGGGUGUUUGACCCCGAAAGCCGCUCGCUGGCAUAUCUGACACCUCUGUCGUUAGCACUGACGGCGGAAGAGGAGCGGGGCCUGGAUUUUCUUGGACCGUGA